AUGGAGAAGUUAUUGCCUUCAUCCAACAUGUUUACAUCUGAGACAGAAGCAAUCACUUCUGUUCUACACGCCUACGGAACCGCACUGGAAGACCGAAAUGUCAAAGAAACAGUCGGACUCUACACUAGGGAUGGCGUAAUAAUGCCUCCCCACUUCAGCGCCAGCGCAGGAACGCGAGCUCUCACUGAGACUUAUGAGCGAAUUUUCAGUAGCAUCCAACUCACCAUCACCUUUGACAUUGAUGAGAUUGUUUUGAUGUCGCCGGAAUGGGCUUUCGCAAGAACAACAGCAGAGGGCACAAAAACUAUGCUGCAGACUCAGGCUUCAGAACCUCAUUCCAACCAAGAACUGUUCAUCUUGAAGAAGGAGGAGGGAAGCUGGAAAAUCGCGCGAUAUGCUUUCUCUACAAUGAAACCGCUUGUACAGGAUGGAAUUCGACGUAGCUAA